UUUUAUUUUUACUGCACUCCUUUCACAGAGUAUACAGUGUGAGACAGCCAGCACAGACAGAGACACAAGCAACAAUGUCUUCCCCAACCAAGCGCCGAGACAUGGAUUUCAUGAAGCUGAUGAUGAGUGAUUACAAGGUGGAAACUAUCAAUGAUGACAUGCAAGAGUUCUUUGUGGAAUUUCAUGGACCUAAGAACAGUCCUUAUCAAGAUGGUGUUUGGAAAUUAAAAGUGGAGAUACCAGAUGCUUAUCCUUUUAAGUCUCCAUCCAUUGGUUUCGUCAACAAAAUUUACCAUCCUAAUAUUGAUGAACCGUCUGGUACAAUUUGCUUGGAUGUUAUUAAUCAGAGAUGGAGUCCCAUGUAUGACCUUAUUAACGUGUUCGAAGUUUUUCUUCCUCAACUCCUUCUGUACCCCAAUGCAUCAGAUCCAAUGAAUGCUGAUGCUGCUGAUUUGAUGCUGAAAGAUCCUGCUGCUUAUGAACAAAAAGUCAGAGAAUAUUGUGAAAAAUAUGCCAAGCCGGAAGAUAUUGGAGCUACUCAGGAGGAAAGUUCUACUGAUGAUGAUGAUGAUGAGGAUGAGGAUGAGGAUGAGGAUGAUGGGGCGAGUGAAGAUGAUUAUGCCUCUAGCGAUGAUGGUAUUGCAGGCGAACCUGAUCCAUAGAUGAUAUGAUACAGUCAUGCGUGCAGAUGAUAUGAUAUGAUACUGGAUACUAGAAUUGGUUGAGAGACAGAUUAUUUAGGCUAAAGGAAAAAUUCUCACAUUUCUAUCUUUCUAUUCUGUGGUUGUUGUGUACUGUAAAUUGGUUUUUGGUUUAAUAGUUCUAGAUAUUUACUGUUGUGACAUGAAUGUUCAAAUUUUGAAAAUUCAAGCUGGUUUUGCAUAUGGAUGCAUUUAUUUGUGAAA